AUGCCAAAGAGAAAUCAACCUGAACUUGAUGUUAAAGAAUUUGAUGAUGGUGAUGAAAACGAAAGUGUUAAUGAAGAAGAAGAAGAAAUGUUUGAUAAAAAUAAACUAAAAGAAUUAAAAGAAAAAGAUCCAGAUUUUUAUGAAUUUAUGUUAAAAAAUGACCCAACAAUGUUCCAAGAAGAAGAAGUAAAUGAUGAAGAAAUGGGUUGGACAAUGCCAGACACUGAAGAACAAGGAGACUUAGCUACUACACAACAAGUUAUUGAAAAUGCAAAAAAAGGAAAUGACUCAGCAUUAUUACAAAGUGUUCUUCUUUUUGUUGAUGCAGUUCAAGAGAAACGAAUUGAAACGGCAUCAGAUUAUGAAGCAAUUAUGACAUUUGCUGUUGAUGAAUUACCAAAGUUAAUUAAAAAUAAAAAAGGAAUGUUUAAGAUUUAUAUGAGAGGAGUUGUUCUUGCUUUAAAAAAUAUUGAUGAACCAACAAUUCUUCAUGUAUUUAUUGAUAUUAUCAAAGAAAAUGCAGAUAAAUAUGCGAUUUCAGAUAGUUAUUCUAAAUGUAUAAGUUCAUUAUCAGUAUUUGCAUUUAAUUAUAAAAGUGUAUUAAGAAGUAUUGCAAUUGAAACAAUGAUGGCAGUAAUUAAAGCAUCCAGAAAAGAUGAAAAUCGAAUGGAAAAAAGUUUAAGAAUUAUUUUUGGAAAUUAUAUGAAAAGUUGUAAACAAUUUUCAAGAAAUACUUCUGAUUUAUUUAAUGAAUCACAACAAUUUAUAAAGAAAAUAUCUUUAUUUAAUAUGAAAGCAACUUAUAAUAUUUUAUUUGAAUAUAUAAGAAAUAUUGCACUUUCAACAAAAAAUUGUAAUACUGAUUUAAAUGCAUUUAAAAGUGUAUGUUCAUUUGGUUGUAUUAAAACAUUUGAAAUUAUUGCAAUUUGUUUAAAAGCAAAUGUAGAUGAAAAAGUAACUCAAUUAUAUCAUCCAUUUUGUCAAUUAUUAUGUGGAUUAUUAAAUUUUGUUAAAGGAAUAACUCAUUUUCCAGUUGUUCUUCAUUUUAUUCAAAUUUUAAAUUCAGUAGUAUCUGAAAAACUCUUUGUUUCACCAAUUCCUCCUAUACUUGUUGCAUUUGAACAAUUAUCUCAAAUUAAACCAAAACCCUCAUCAGCAGAACAAGGUUCUUCAAAGAAAAGUAAAAAAGAAUAUGAAGAAAUUGAUUUUUCAUAUUCUCUUCAAAUAUCAAAAGAAGAAACUAGAAAUUCAGAUUUUAUAGUUUCGGCAACAAACGCACUUAUUAAAGAAUUAACAAAUUAUUUUAAUAUUUUCAAUAAGUCAAUUGCAUUACCAGAACUUGCAUGUCAAUGUAUUAGUUCAUUAAAAAAAAUAACUAAACAAUGUAAAAUUGUUGUUUUAAAUAAUAAAAUUAAUACUUUUAUUCAAAAAUUAAAUAAAAAUAUUGAAGUUAUUAAACAAAAGAGAAAUGGAAUUGACUUUGGACCAUUUGACGUGACUAAAGUAAUGGAAUUUGAGUCUAAUUGA